GCAUCUAUCCAAGGUAACCAUAUAAUGAUCGGCCUGGCGUUUGCUCUGUGUGGGAUCUUUUACAUGUGCUCAGUACCCUUGGUAGGCUUUAUAACAGACAAAUAUAAUCACAGGAAGGUGAUUAUAGUCUCGGGACUCAUCGUGACAGCUUUAUCCUUUACUCUCAUUGGACCCUGGGUGCCCCUGACUGAACUAUUUCCAAACGACAAGGGGGCAGCGUGGGCUGUUUUCUUGGGGAAUUGUCUAUGUGGGAUUGGAACCGCCAGUAUCACUGUAGCUGUCAUGGCAGAUUGUGUAAACGAAGCCGUGUCCCAUGGUUUACCAGAUAGUAUAAUCACAUAUGGUAAUUUGUCCUCAAUAUUCAAUACAUCUAUGGGUCUAGGGAACUUCAUAGGGCCGAUUUUGGGAACAGCCAUCGUGGAACAUAAUCCAUUCAGCACGUUAUCGGGAGUCCUUACGGGGCUCUGCCUGGGAGAAGCUGGUCUCCUCGUUCUAUACUGUGGGAUUAUCUAUGCAGUACUUAGAAGGAGACGUAAAUGGUCCAGGUACAGCAGCACUGACAGUUCCAUUGACAGUGCCACUUACAAUCACAUUCAUAACGACAGUAGUUUACUGUUAUUGCCACCAACCCCUUAUCCAGUAUUACAAGAACAUUACUUGCAGUCGGAGUAUGAAUGACGCUGCCCUCAGUCACUAAGCUAGAUUGUAGUUCGCCGUACCUGGGGCCCGACUCACGAAGCAGUCGUUAAUAAGAAUAACUACCGACCGAACUAUCUCGCUAACGAUUAGUGCAGGUUAGGGUUACUUAGAGUAUUGGGGUUAUUAUAUGGGAAGAAUGUCACCUGUACAAAGAAUGGGAAGCGGACUACGGUUCCUAGCGGACUUCCAUUCCUGUCACACC